CACAUUCUUCUGUCAGAGGUGUUACUGAUUUCAAUUCACUCUCCACCGAAAGUCAUUUGAGCUCUGUGGUACUGAAUAGAAUUCUUCCAACUCAGGCCAGGCCUUGCUUAGCACCAUUUGUCAGUAAUUGAAUGUUCUUUAAAUCACUCUUUAGCACUUUGUAAACUCUUUCUCUCUUGGUUCCUUAUGUCACAGGCUUUUUGUUUAGAGGCACUUGAGCUUCAGGAUUUGAUGCUGAACAAAAACCUCUCUUGCAUGGUGUUUGGCUCAUUUUCAGAUGUCAUAAGGAAGUAAUCUUUACUGUGAUACCAUACAGAACAGGAAUACACACUAUUUCUGGGAGAAACAAAUAAUAUUCACUCUGAUCUUUUUUAAAGGAAACAGUUUCUUAUUUGUAAUAGCUUUUAACUUGGCAUUAUAUAUUGUGCCUUCAUAUAAAGCUCUGAUAGGCUGCAAACUGAACAGGCAGCACAUCAUCUGUGAGUCUUAAACAUUCAGUAUCGUGAUAUUUAUUCACUGUGAGAGUCCUUGACCUCAAACCAUAAGGAGUCUCUAGAGCUCUAUGCUCCACAACACUGUGUCCCUCAGUGUCCCCCCAGAAGCAGAGGUGUAUUUGAGAUGAGCAGCCUCUUGGUCAGAGCAGUGUUCUGAAGCAAGUCACUGACACCCGAAAAUGGCUGGACACAGACCCACACUGCCCACUGCCUUUCCUGCAGCCUUCCCUGCUGCUCAGAGCUGAUGUAUUUCUGCUUGAGCUCGAGCCAGCUGGCACAUCUUUCAACUUUUGUAUUAUUUGAUUAAUUUAUCUUAUAAUUCUGUCAAGCCAGAUUUUAUGAAAUAGUGUUAACUGAAGUAUACAAUAAUCAUCAAGUACUCCUUUCAGUUUGUGAUUAAGCAGGGCAGACACAUUAACUUUUAAAAAAACCCUGCUCUUUGAAGAGUAUUUUCCUCAUAAUUGUGUUUGAUAUUUAAAAUAGUUUUUAAAAGUUUCGAAGCAGAGAGAGUCAUCUGUCGCUUGCAGCUAAGAGCUUGACAAUGUUGGUAUUUGUCGCUGAGGGAGAGGUCCCUGGCAUUGCCCACUGCACUGGUAGAGUCUGAAGAGGACAGUUCUGAGGCUGCUCUUUGCUGUCCUUACCUGUGAACUGGGAGGCCCAAGAAAUGAAUUUCCCUGUUCUGUAACUAUCAACCUUUUCCCCCAGAAGAAUCUGCCUUCAUGUUCUGCAUGGGUCCAUUUUGAGAAGGGUUCACUUAAUUUUUGGUUUUUUAGUUAGUAACUUCCGAGCCAGCUUGGUUUGGGUAUUUCACAGGAUCCCAGAAUCACUGAGGUUGUUGGAAAAGACCUCCAAGAUCAUCAAGUCCAACCUGUGACUGAUCCCCUCCUUGUCCCCCAGCCCAGAGCACUGAGUGCCACAGCCAGUCAUUCCUUGGACACCUCUCUGGGCAGCCCCUGCCAAGGCCUGACCACCCUUUCCAUGAAGAAAUUCCUCCUGAUGUCCCACCUGACCCUCCCCUGGCACAGCUUGAGGCUAUAUCACUACCCCAUAUAAAAUAUCUUUACAGCUGUGGCUGGACAGCUUCAGACUGGAUGGCCUUAUUACCUGUAGUCUACCAGAGUUCAGCUUCAUCGGUUUAAAAACCACUGCACUUUAUGUCUUUUUAUUAUUACAGCUUGUUUUUUUCACAGUCUCUGGUAUCCUUCUUAAGUUAAAAAGCGCUGGUAUUUUGAUUAAUAUUUCCUGCCUUUCUACAGAAUGGAUUUUAAAAGAUACAAAGUUGACAAAUUCUUGCAGCUGAUGAGGUUGACUCAUAUUCUGCAUUAGGUAAAAUCACACAAGAUCUGGGAUUUUUUCAGCCUUGCUUGGAUUUCUUAUAAGUCAUUUCAUCUACAGAAAGUCAGAUGUGUCUCAUGGUGUGGAACAAGGAAAACCUGAGUAUUUUGUUUUCCACAGUUGUGCAACUGCAAGGGCUACUUUCUCUUUUACUUUGUGUUUUUCCCUCCAUUUUUAGAGGUCACAGAAAUGAUGUCUUUAAUCACAGUUUACAGUAUAGAAUGCAGUUGAAUCUUGGAGCUUUCUCUCCCCCAAGAGCUCUGUCAAGUUUGUCCUCUUAGCUGGAAGUAUCUCACAGAGUACAUGGGAGCUUUAUGGCCAAGAGUUUCAAAAGUAAUUCUCAGAUUGCUUUUUAGGUGCUUAACUUGGGAGACCUCCAACAUUAUCCUUGGUGAUAAUCUUACACAUUUAACCUCAGGAAAAUAAGGUCAGUUCUGUUGUGCUCUUUGAUGUGCUGCCCUGUGUGUUUGGGUGUGUGGAGUCUCAGUUCACUGCGUGGUGGUGCAGCCUUGGAGCCGCCAUCAACACUUGGGCUGUCAUGGGCAAGGAAGAGAGCACCGCAGCUUGCAGGGCUCUCAUCCUGGGCACUGCUGAAGAACCCAGGAGAGCUCUGAGCCCCCGUUGUCUCCCACUCGCAGUGCUGUGUCCCCGUGUCUGUCAGCCGGGCGAUUGCCGUGCACGGAGCGCCUCUCUGGAGGCUGGCACUGGGUGGCAAGGGCAGGAAAUUGGGUGCUCCCCACUAGCGUGGCUCUGAGCUAGGAGGUACGGCCUGGGGAUGAUCAGUUUGCAACUGUUUCAGAAGCAUGGUUUAAAAAUACAGAGAUCUGCAAACCCUGCUGCCAGCUGACAGAGUAGAGGCUGUAGGAUGGGGCAGUGACGCUGGGCCGAGUCUGGUAGUUUCUAAUUGAUUCAAUGCAGUGAAAAGGCAUCCAGUGUGUGUUAUGAAACUUGAGAUGGAGAGCCAAUCCCUGCACUCCAGCUUCAUUGCUCUCAGAAGCAAAGGUGCAGGUUUUAUAGCUGAGGUAAUUAUACAAAAAAUGCACACAAUAUGAGUGGUAUUUAGCAUAAAAAGUAAUUUGAAUGCAAUCCAUGUCUGGUUGAGAGAGGAACAGAACUGUAAACCCUUUGACCUAAAAAAGAGACUUUGAAAGGAACGGAUUGGGUACAGUACUGAACCUUUAUUGCAUUAUGUGGGAUGGGGCUCAUUUCUUUACUAUUUAGGAAGUGUUUCCAAUUUGGUAAGUAUCGGGAAGAAAGCACAGCUCAUAAUUACAUAGCUUUGCUCUGUAGAACUCUGACGUAGCUCUGGAAUUCACAGGGACUGUCUGGGAGACACAGACCUUGCCUUUGUGCUCUAUCAAAUUCUGUCUUGGCCUAUGAUAACAAAGGCAGUCUAGAUAGUUACUUACCAGGAUGUUUCUUUCCCGUGCCGUUCAGGGGUUCUGAGCCAAAGCCACUGGAAUCAAAGGGAAGGAAUCCCCUGUACUUCGGUAGCAUUCACCAUCUCACACCAUUUCUUAUUGCUCUGAAUACUCAGAGAAAUGGACUGUGCUUAACCAUGGUUACCAGAAUUAAAACUGAAACAGUUUAUGCAGUUACAGGUUAAUUAGCAGGUGCAACCUGCAUUCUCCUAUAAACCUGUGCAUGAUGUCAGUUUUCUAUGGGCUUCAUUUCAGUUACUGGAGUUAUGUUUGAGGAAUAUUCCACAAAUCCCAGCACUAUUCAGGGUACCCUAUUCCAACAGCUGCCUCAGGUUCACCUACACGUUGGGCUUGCUUGCUAGGCAGUUCCAAAUGAAGAAACAGUUGUUUUAGUCAAUGAUGGAGGAUUAGUCAGAGUUUGUGUGACCAUAUUUCCAAAGCACAUCCUGUGUAUGUGACAGGAGCCACAGCACCAGGGACACAGGGAAGCACCACAUUGGCAGCACUGCCUGAAGAGAGCUUGCAUGUGAGGCUGCUCGUCCCCUACUCACUGACAGUGUAGGAUGAGUGUUCCUACAGUUACACAAUCAUUGGAUGACCAACAAACAAAUUAAAAAAAUAGGAGAUGUAGUGAGAGGAUAUGUUCAUACUGACAUCUUUAUUUAGAUUUGUGAUGGGAGACAAAAUGUCCUAAAUUAGUCCAAAUAUUCAGUUCAUGAAUUGGAAGUGGAAGCAGAGUAGCAGAAAGUCGUGUUCUGUGAUGCUCAACAGAGACUGACCAGGUCUGUAUUUCCAGGCAUAAGUAUGGAGCUGGACUUGCAGCUCAAAAUCAACAAAAACUGACCAGAAAUACUCUGAAGAUGCUGAAGAAUGUGCCACAGGAAUUGUCUUUUUUGGUAGGGGAAGAGGGACAGUUGCUAGAACAGGAGCUGUAAGCUCAUACCCCCACUCUCUGGCACUGUUUCCCUUAUGGGAAGGGCACAGGAAGGAAGGAAAUUUGCCUCUCACAGAAGGUUUGGAAAUGUGAUGUAAUUCACACAGACACUGAAAGCUGUGCAGGCGUAGGCAAGACUGGCCUAAAUGUAGUGCUUAGCAAGGAGUCCUUAAAAACUAUUUAAGUAGUAAAAAGAGUCAUAAAGACAAAGCAGAGCCAUAAAAUUGCCUGAGAAGGCCCCUGUCUCCGUCCAGGAAACAUGGAGAGCAGGUCAACAUGCAGUGGUUUUGUACAGACUGAGAUGCACUGGCCGAAGAGUGACAUGUGAGUGUGCAGGAAACAACUGAGUAGACCCAGGCAGGUGUCAGGGGCAGUGAGAGCUUCGGAGGUCAGCACAGAGAUCACAGGGCAGCAACAAAGACAAGCCUGGGAGUUCUACUAAAAUUGUUUGAGCAGCACUCUGUUUUUCACACUGAAGUUUUAAAUGUUCAGAACUGAAGUUAUUUUAUACUUCAAUAUUCUGUUCUUCAUUUCAGUCCAUACAUUUGUGGGUUUUUGAAAACCAGUAUUCAAGUCUCUUCUGUUACCUGUCCCUGGCUCUGCUGCCCUCAGCCAGUGCUCUGUCACUGAAAUUGGAGUUCCUCCCUCAGGCCGUGCUUUUACUCAGGGAUGCCUUUGCUGCUGCAGCCGUGGCUGAGGAUGCCCAGAGUGAGUCAGGAGGUGUCAGCAGUCCCUUCUGCUGGAGCCAACGUGCAGCCAGGCACACGAAAUCUGGUUAUUGAUUGUCUCCUGCCUUUGUCCCUCCCUCCCUUCCUCGCCCCUGGUCAUCAUAUACACACACUGGAAUUUUGGAAAGGGUGACUGAUGAGGCAAUGUUGUUCUUUCUGCACAUCUGAGUUUGGCCAAACUGACAGCGAGCAGACAGGAAGGAGUAGGUUUACUGGCACGGCAUUGUAAAUUUAGCACUCUCUUUAACUUUCAUUUUUGCCCUGAGAUGUUCACAUAGGGAAGUUUUCCACCCUGCCCUGCCAUCAUUUGACGUGCAGCCUUCCACUGGAGAGCAGGAGGUGGCAAAUGAAAUGUUACCCUUCCCACCCUCAACUCCUGCUUUUAAUGUCCCUUCAAUCUGCAGAAACUAAAAAGGAAUCCAGACUGGGAUUCUACUUGUAUUUGCAUAUUUUCAAGCACAUAGGCCUGGGUCUUUUAUUUUGCUUUUGACAGAGUUUUUAUCCCCAUUAUAAAGAAAACUUCAAAAUAAUGAAGAAGCCAGUGAAGAAGAGACUACAGUUAAUGGUGAAUAUGACAAAACCUUAAAGGAACAUUAAGCAAUCAGAACACACCCAAAAAAACAGAGAUGACAUCUUGCUAAGUUUGGGGGAAGAUUCAGUCAAAAUUAAUGUUCUUUGGGAAAUUAAAAAUCAAACCAGUAUAAAAGAAGGUUGACAGUAAUCAGUGUGAGGAGAUGUUUGGGAGCAGCUUUUUAAACAGUAGUUAUUAUUGCCACUAAUUGUAUCUUUCUUUGCCAGAAACAAAGCUUCCAAUAAAACCAGUGGAUCUGUGGAGGUUCCAGAGAAUAAAAGCAGGGAUAAUUGGUGGGAAGCUCUGCUGUCUCGUUGCCUUAGUCUUCAUUUUAAGACACGCAGUCCCUGGAGUUGGCUUCCACAGCCCAGUUUCUUUCGUGUGUUUAAGGGUGGAAUGUCAUAAGGAAGAAAUGUAUCCUUAAAAUUAUUUUAUUUUUGUUUUUAAUCUUCUAAAUUAAAUGUAGGAAAUUGAUAACACCGAAGUCUUGCAUUUUUAUAGGAGUUACCAGUUUCACUUUACAUGACUCCCUUAAAGAAGUGGAGGUUGAGAAACUGGAAACUUCUAGCCUGUGUUAUCAUGUAAUUCUCCAGGUCUGCUUUGUAUAUGCAGUUGUCACUGUUUCUAUCCCCAUCUUUAGUACAGAACACUUUCGCCAUACUUAAGAGAGCUUUAAGGACAGUGACUGAAAUGUAGCCCCUUGAGAUUUGCAAGCACUGAACAAUACGACCAACAGAAGUGGGUCACCCCUGCCCUGUAAGAAGUUCGUAUCAUACAAUUACUGGAUGCUCACAACCCACGUGCCACAGGCUUUCCUGGCAAUUUCUGGAACUUUUUUAGUGUAGGAAUUAGGAGGCUAAAAAUGUAUUCUUUGCAGAUGACAUUUUUGGAUGAGCAGUGCAGUGUUACUGGCAAACAGACUUGCAGGUAAGAUCCCAGGGUGACCUGGUACCCAGGCUGUGCCACAAACACUCACCCUUGCCAUUAUUUAUGUAUUUAUUUACCUCUGAGUUGAAAAAGUCCAGAGAGGCUUUCCUGCGGCUCAGUGCCUGUCAUGACAGGCAUUGGAGUCAGCACAAACAGACAGUACUGUCUUACAAAAACUUCUCCAGUAUGAAAUACACACUAAAGUGUUGCCAGGGAAAUGUCUCUCCUACAGUUCAGUGACAGCAAGCUGGGAAAUGUGAAUGAAGCUUCAUAGGCAGUAGAGAGGCAGCACUUCAGCCCAGAAAAGGAACAGAAAGUGAAUGAAUGUCAUCCCAAGGAAUUAUUUGUACCACAAAGUGGCCACUUGUGACAGGAGCAGUGAACAUUUCACCAGAACAUGUGAGUGCAUUUCGUGGUGUCAAUGGCCUGUUGUGCUCCCACUCCAUUUCCACUGAUUCUCCUAUUCCUCAGAGUCCCACCCCAGGUCUGCCCGAAUCCUGCUCCUCACACUGACCUGUAAUGGUGUUCUGGUGAUCCAGAAAUACCUUGUUGCAGCUGAUCUUACUGCUGGGGCAGGGAGAUGGACAGGUGCCAUGUGGGGGUCCUUCCCAUUCCUUUUCUAAUGAUUGUGUGCUGCUGGUGGUUUAAGGACCAAAUUUCCUGUCCAGCCAGUGAUCAAGUGGUAAAGCAGGAAGCAGAGUGUGCUUCCUCAGGAAAGGAAAUACAUACAGGCAGAGCCAUCAGUUUGUAGAUGGAAAUGGAACUUACUUCACCCUUAGCAUACGAGCUGUGAGGGAAGCCCCAGCAAAUCUGAAAUGCCAAGUGUUUACAGAGACCCCACUGUUGUACUUGUUGUGCUGUCACAUGCAGCAUUCUGACAAUAGUUAGGUUAGUUAGGAAAAAAGGGUUAGAAAAAAUUCGCUGGUGUUAAACCUAUGAAAAGCUGGGACAGUUGAACAUCAUCUCUUCAGGGUUCCAUGAGAUUGAGAAAAUCAGCCCUUGUCAGGUUUGCUUUGAAGCCUCAAGAUGUUCUGAGCUCAGUGGAGCAUCCUUACAAACAGAGCUUGAGCUAAUGCAGAAUCUUGCAGAUAUGAUAUAUAUUAUAAUACCAGACACAUAAUAUUACUUAGUUGGAAGGAAAUUGCAGAAAGUUGGUUAUUGAGACUGCAGACCAUCACGCAUUCAGAAACAAAACAAAAUUUGACUCCAAAUGACAACAUGGUCAGCAUGCCAUUGAAUGUCAGACAGUCUGCUUGGAAAGGGCACCUCUUUCAUCAAAGUUUAAUGCAGGGAAAGCAACUGGUUCUUGCAUUCUGAUAUGGCAGAGGCAGAAGUGGCUGUGCAAAAAUAGGAAAUAUGUACAGAAUUGGUUUUCUGAAGGAAAAACCUUCCAAGCAGUGUAGAAUAUUUGUAGAAGGAGUGCACAGUGAGCUUGUUUAGUUAAUCUCUGACUCCACCUGAGAAAUGAAUGGUGCUCUCUUGUUCUUACUGUACAGAGGGAGUUUUAUUACUGAUUUCAGUGAUUAAAAAAAAAGGUCUUGUUUGAGCAACUGGAGUGAAUAAGCAAUUCCCUGAAUGGCUGUACCUUGGCCAAUCCUUUAAACAAUUCUCCUCAGGAAAGAUGUUUCUUCUCCUCUGGCUAUCCCAAAUCUAAUUUUUCAGUUCCACUCCCUUCAUAGCCUUUCCUGGAUUUCAGCAGUCUCCAAGCACAGGGAAAUAAGGAGGGUGAAUACUGAAAGCUUAGAAGCCAUUGGACAGAGUUGAAUUCAAUUAAAUUUCUACUAAGAAAUGUUCUUUCUUACAGUACUAGACAUUAGGAUUCCCCACACUCUGUAGAAAAGUGAGGUUAAUAAGGAAGGGAAGGGCGCAAAUAGGAUUUUUAAACUCUGACAAAAUAACAAAUGCAAAGAAGAGUGUAAAGGCAGAACUUCAUGGCAUGACAUUGAGACACAGCUGACACGUAAUUUCUGCCUGCUGCUUAGAUGUCUGGAAUAUUUCAAACAAAGGGAUGUCACCACUAAUUCUGGGGAGAGAAAAGGCAUCAAGUUAAAGAAAAAAUCCAACUGUGAAAAUUCACAAGAAGUGGAUGUAAAGCAGCACAGGCUUGAUACAGCCAAGAAGAUGAAUGCUCAGAAAACUCAGGUCUGUUUUUCAAGGGGCUGAUCUCUAGAUCUGGAUUUUUUUAUAUACAGGCAAUCUUGUGCAUGAACACGUGUGCACAGCACUUGCUUUGCCUCUAGCAGUGCUUUAUACAAGAACUUUCCAAACAGAGAAACUAGACACAGGAGGAGAAAACACCUUGCCCAAGCUUGUCCAAGAAAAGCUUGACAGCUGAAAAACGAACGUGCAUUUCCUCAUUUCUCUGUCUGCCUCAUGCCUCAUUUCUGUAGAUCUUUGCUCGGUUGGCAUCUGUAAAUCUCUCUAGUUAUCACUGUGCCACAUUUGACCUCACAUUAGUCAGCACAUAUAUUAAUCAUCUUUUAUUUGUAAACAGAUUCCUUAAAAUAGCCAUACAUAAUAUCAUCCAAGGAACAAAUCAGUUCAUUAUCCUUGCUGGUGCACUGGCCUGGCACUGCUCUUGUGGGCUGCAGGUGCCUGGCAGCACUUGGCACUGCUGCCAGCCCUGGUCCUGGAGGGCUUGUGCCUUCCAGACUGCAGGGAGGAGCCUGGCUUUGUAGUAGGUAGGUGUUAUCUAACAUUGAGAAUCAGCUCAACAGUCCUAUCCUGCUGUCCUGCCAGUAUUCCCACAUACAGCACAGUGGGAAGAGUUUGUACUUCAGGGACUGCAGUUGCCUUCCAGUAUUCCCAGUGCUUUGGACAAGCACCACAGGACAAAGCUUGCAGGCAGCAACAGGCAGAAGAGGCAGCUCUGGAGAGCAAGGAAUUCUGCCCGAUCUCUGUUGAGUAAACUUGACCAAAAGUAAGGAGGGAAUAUAUUUAUGUGAAAUGUGAAAUACCUGUCCUAAGUUACAGUCACCUGAUGAAAUGCUUUCCUGGCCCACACUGUAAAGUUCAGUGGCUCUGUAAAAUUUCUCAAAGUUGCUCACUCUCCUGUAGCCGAAGGUAAAUGUACAGGCGUGGAAACUGGCCACACAGUGCCCAAGCUGUAAGAAACCUUUCAGGAUUUAUUUUUUUUAAUUUUAACACUUGUGCAAGGUUGCAGACGGUGUUGAGUGUGAUACCCUGCCGUUCCCUGGAACGCAGACAGCACUCAAGGCUGUGGCAGGCAGGGGAAGGACGGGAUGCUCCAGCAUCAGCAGCAGGUUGCUGCCCUGCCUGCCUCACACAGGUUAUGUAAUGCUGCUCAGCCACACACCCUCCACUUCUCCAAUACAGGACAUUUUGGGAAUCCCCUUUUUUUUCAGUCUCAGUGUCCAGCCUUACUCAGCUGUUUUGCAUACAUGGUCUGGAGUAUAAAAUGCUUUUGCCUCCCAGGAGGGAUACAGAGCCUGAGAGAUUAAAGUCAAGAAACUUUGACAGAGAAGAGCCUCUCCUGGCAGCCUGGUAACACCUCCCAGAGCCCGGAACAAAGUGUUGCGCUCAAUCUCCUGCUCUAUUCCAAGCUGUCUAGCUGCUCUGAAAACUUUGUCCCUCCUUUCUGCUGAUUUAAAGAAGUGUUCCCAUAACACACAAAACAAGGUUUCAGCACUGUGAACUAAGACCACAAGUAAGGCAUAAAAAAUGCUGUGCCCCUGGCAGUUUGUGUUCAAAUCUCGUGCUGCCAAGAGCCACUACUCUGGAGAGAAGGAUUUCAAUAACAACGUGGAGAAAAAUAGGAAGAUCCGUGGCUUAGGGAAGGAUGAUGGCAAAUUAUAUGAUCCGAGCAAGAAGCAGAACAAGGUGGUGCCCAUCGUGACUUCGGCAAAGGCCAGGGAGGAGGGAGAGAACCUCCCUCAAAAUGAUAUCAAAGUUUCAGACCAAAUAUCAAGAUGUCCAAGACAUGUAAGAGUAAGAAACUUGGAAAAUGGAUCCAGCUUUCUUGACACACUACACCUGACAGCAAAGGAGGUUCUCAACUGCCGGACCAAAGCCUGCCAAGGGUCACUCAUGACCCCAAAGGGCCAGGUGAGAGGUACCAGAGAUGGGCCAGUUCCACUGGAAGAUCUUUUGCCUCAGGCAAUAGACUUUCUCAAGCAGUACUACAGUUCAUUUAAAGAGUCAAAAAUGGAAGAAUACCCGGGCCGACUGGAAACAGUGACCAGGGAGAUAGAAACUACAGGAACCUACCAUCUGACAAAGGAUGAGCUGACCUUUGCUGCCAAACAGGCCUGGAGGAAUGCACCCAGGUGCAUUGGGAGAAUCCAGUGGUCCAAUCUACAGGUGUUUGAUGCACGGGACUGUAAAACAGCACGGGAAAUGUUUGAGCAUAUCUGUCGUCAUAUUCAGUAUGCCACAAACAAUGGGAAUAUAAGAUCUGCCAUCACGCUGUUCCCGCCGAGGACGGACGGGAGGCACGAUUUCCGCGUGUGGAACAGCCAGCUGAUCCGCUACGCCGGUUACACCCUGCCAGACGGCUCUGUCCUCGGAGACCCCGCCAAUGCCGAGUUCACCCAGCUGUGCAUCGAGCUUGGGUGGAAGCCGAAAUAUGGCCGCUUUGAUGUACUUCCACUUGUCCUCCAAGCAAACGGCCAAGACCCAGAAAUAUUUGAAUUACCUCCAGAAAUUGUCCUUGAAGUGCCAAUGGAGCAUCCAAAGUAUGAAUGGUUUAAGGACCUGGAUCUGAGGUGGUAUGCACUGCCUGCUGUGUCCAACAUGCUGCUGGAGGUGGGGGGCCUGGAGUUCACCGCGUGUCCUUUCAACGGCUGGUACAUGGGGACAGAGAUAGGAGUGCGAGACUUCUGUGACGUGCAGCGGUACAACAUCCUGAAGGAGGUAGGGAGGAGAAUGGGGCUGGAAACAAACAAACUGUCGUCGUUAUGGAAGGACCGAGCUGUUGUAGAGAUCAAUGUGGCUGUGCUUCAUAGCUUCCAGAAACAGAAUGUAACUAUCAUGGAUCACCACUCCGCCUCCGAGUCCUUCAUGAAGUACAUGCAGAGCGAGUACCGCGCGCGUGGCGGCUGCCCGGCCGACUGGGUGUGGAUCGUGCCUCCCAUAUCGGGCAGCAUAACGUCUGUGUUCCACCAGGAGAUGCUGAACUAUGUCCUCACCCCCUUCUAUUACUACCAGGUGGAUGCAUGGAAAACACAUGUGUGGCAUGAUGAGACCCGGAGGCCGAAGAAAAAAGAAAUAAAGUUUAGCAUGCUGGCAAAGGUUGCACUCUUUGCAUCUUCACUCAUGCAACAAGCCAUGGCCACCAGGGCCAAGGUCACUGUAAUCUUUGCAACAGAGACGGGGAAAUCAGAAACACUCGCCAACAACCUGUGCAGCCUCUUCAACUGUGCCUUCAACACUAGGAUUCUGUGCAUGGAUGAGUACAAUAUUUGUGACCUGGAAAAAGAAACACUUCUUUUAGUGGUUACAAGCACUUUUGGGAAUGGAGAUUCUCCAGGUAACGGAAAGACCUUGAAGAACUCCUUGUUCACACUGAAACUGCUGAGAAAAAAAAUUAGGUAUGCUGUGUUUGGUUUGGGGUCCAGCAUGUAUCCAGAGUUCUGUGCCUUUGCUCAUGCCAUUGACCAAAAACUGGCCCAGCUUGGGGCUUCCCAGCUCACUCCAGUCGGUGAAGGGGAUGAACUCAACGGGCAAGAAGAAGCCUUUCGCACCUGGGCAGUCAGUGCUUUCAAGGCUGCCUGUGACAUUUUUAACAUCCGUGGAGGACACAGUAUUCAGCUGCCUGAGAUCUACACCUCUGAGGAAAGCUGGGAUCCUACCAGUUACAGGAUAGUGUGUGACUCUCAGCCCAUGGACCUGGCUAAAGCUCUUGCAAGCAUUCAUGGCAAGGAUAUAAUUCCAAUGAAGCUGAAAUUCAGGCAGAAUCUUCAAAGUUUAAAGUCCAGUCGUGUUACCAUUCUGGUUAAACUCUCCUGUGAGACUGAUCAGGAAGUGCACUAUCUGCCUGGAGAACACAUCGGGAUUUUCCCAGGCAACCAGCCAGAACUAGUCCAUGGCAUUAUUGCACGUGUCCACGAUGCCCCUCCAGCUGAUCAGACUAUCAGGCUUGAAACCUGCACUGAUGGUGGCUACUGGACCAGUGACAAGAAGAUUCCAGCCUGCACGCUCCCUGAGGCUUUGACAUACUUGCUUGAUAUCACUACUCCACCCUCCCAACAACUGCUAAAGAAACUCUCCCAGCUGGUGACAGCAGAAGGAGAUAAGCAGAGGCUGGAAGUGUUGUGUCAGAGCACAGAAGAAUACAAUAAAUGGAAGUUUUACAACAGCCCAAACAUCCUGGAGGUCCUGGAGGAGUUUCCCUCUGCUGAAGUCUCCACAGCUUUCUUGCUGACUCAGCUUCCAUUUCUGAAGCCCAGGUACUAUUCUGUCAGCUCCUCCUGUGACAUGACAGCCAGAGAGAUUCAUCUGACAGUUGCAGUUGUAAACUACAGGACAAGAGAUGGAGAAGGGCCUUUGCACCAUGGAGUCUGCAGCAGGUGGCUGAACACAAUAGCUCUUGAUGAAACAGUUCUGUGCUUCAUACGCAGUGCUAAUGAAUUCCAUCUCCCAGAGGAGCCAGCCAAGCCCUGCCUUCUGAUCGGCUCAGGCACAGGGAUUGCUCCCUUCAGGAGUUUCUGGCUGCAGCGUCUCUACGAUCUGGAGCACAGAGGGAUCAAAGGAGGUGACAUGACAUUACUGUUCGGCUGCCGGCAGCCAGACCUGGACCACAUCUACAGAGAAGAAACUGAGGAAAUGAAGAGGAAGGGAGUCCUGAAAGAGGUCUACACAGCUUACUCCAGACUGCCUGGCCAACCUAAAGUGUACGUUCAGGACAUCCUGCAGGGGCAGCUGGAGGCGCAGGUGUGUGAGCUGCUGCAGGGGCAGGGGCACGUGUACGUCUGCGGGGACGUGCGCAUGGCGCGGGACGUGGCGCGGGCGCUCCGCGCGCUCAUCGCCAGGGCCCUGCAGCUCACCGAGCAGCAGGCAGACGAGUACUUCUUCCAGCUCAAGAGCCAAAAACGAUACCAUGAAGAUAUAUUUGGGGCUGUGUUCCCACAUGAAGUCAAAAGAGCUUUACAACCCACCAGUUAAGGAACAAAUCCACUUCUGUUUUAGACAAUGCUUGCACAUUUGUUGUUACUUUCAGAGAACAUGGGUUAAAUCCUUUUUCAUGUUCAAUAGUGCACAUAUAUAGGAUUGUGGGAUUCAACUCUUAAACCUCAGCCUUAAUUAAGAAAAACACUAAAUUUAACUUUUGUCACUAUUUAUUCUGACACUCUAUUAAUAGAUUAUCUUAAUAAUGAAAAUACAAAUUAGUUUUUAAUAUUGCCUAUGCUAGUAUAAAUCUGGUACUUUUUGUAAAUAAAACGAAAAUGUAGAGUUUUGUACUAUGCUAACUAGAGCUGAAAUCUUUUUUUGGAAUGUACUGUUUAUCUUUGUGACUUUAUUUAUGUCAGAUUGGUUUCCUUGCACAUUGUCUUCACUUGGAAGCAAGUGAAGGAUGGUUGUGUUACUGGCAGUUGUCUGGCCACAGGCCUUGCUGGAUCUGGAGCAACAUUUGCAAAUGGGAGAAUGAUGUGCUGGUCCCCACGUGGAAACACCUGCUGCAUCUGCUUCAGAUGUACCCGUGGAGCAGGCAGUAGUGUUGAAUUGUGCCUUGUGUGAUUCAGGUACAUGAACCUGAGUUGUUGUUACAGAGCCUGUGGCAGGAAGGUUCUGAAGAUUCCAAAGCACUUCCUUACAUUUGAAUCCUGUGCUCUGGUUUACUUGAUUUGUUUGUAAUAAAAGUUGCCUUUAUACCAAGACAA